AUUCACUCAGUCUCAGUCUCACUCGUUCAGUUCCAUUUCAACGACGCAUGAUUGAAGUCGACGUCUUUUGGUCGUUUGCGAUCGGCGCUUGCUUUGCAGCUUGCGCAGGCAGGGCUCUGCUGCUGGACGGGUCGGCCAAUUCGACAACGCCUCCUGGUUCACGCUCCAGCCGUUCUCACGCAGCCGCCGCGUCUCCCGCACAAUCGCGGUCGCGCUCGCGUUCGCGUUCGCGUUCACCCGCUCGUGGCAGCACUGACUCGCUGCGCACAGCUGCACCUCAGCGCGCAUCGGGUUCUGAUGCCGACAAUUGGACCCGUCAUUCGAGCAAUUUGGCCAGUUUGAAUCACUCGAGCGGAAUCAAGGCGCUGCUGCUGGCUCCGAUCGACGCCUGGAUGGCAGAGUACUGCUACAACAAGUACUUUGUGUACACUGUGCUGUUCCUGUCGUGCGUUUUUGCGCCGUCUGGCGCAUGGCUGCUCACCGAUUACCCGGGAUGGGAAUCCAUGUACCUGUUUGAGAACGACGCCAAUGUCACCGGACCGCUGGCCGCGCUGUUUGCCUCGACAAACACCCUUCUUGGUGUUCUCGGAUUCACGCUGGCAACCAGAUCCAUUCGCCGGAAUGGCGGCUCGACGUUCGGUGCGCACCAAAUGUGGAUUGCGAGCUACGCGUGCAUGUUUAGCAUUCUCGGCUUUGGGUACCGUCGCUUCCUGUACCCGGCCUCUGGCGAAGAGUGGUAUGCCGGCCACUACUAUCCGCUUGUUGACUUUUUCACUUCGGACGUGUUCUUUACGCUGCUCGUGAUGGGCGUGCCUAUUUUGCCCGGACUUUGGAUUCCGUGCUACGUCUGGCUGUCGGAAAACCGGUACACGAAGGCUGAAAAGUCCAGCAUUCUCUGGGUGCUGUUCCGCACCUGGGCAGUCUUGCUGGGACUGGGCACCGUCGGGUUUGCCGUUUACAUUGCAGCGGUUCACUUUUUGGGCCGCAACGUCUCGCUGCUUCCGUUUUCUGCCGCAUUUCACAGCUCGGUCGUGUGGUACGAGUGGCUCUACCCGUUAGUUGGAUUCUACGUUGCCAAUGUUGCCCUAUUUGCCGUUUCGAGCCUCCCGAUGCAACUGUUUGAAGUGGUCGAGUCAAAGGCGGCCAAGCGCAAUGCUAGCCGAUCUGUCAAGCAGUCCUAACAGUUGGAACAUGUCAUGUGCGCGUUGUCUUGUUGAGUGAUACCUCUGGUUCGAUGCUGGCAGAGUGUCUGAUUGUCAUUUUCACUCUCAGUAAACGAGACAGUAGACCCGCA